CGGUUGUUCAAAUGAAAGUUUAUUUUUUGGUUCCUGCAAUUUCAGAUCUUUUAAAAUCCUGACUGAAGUAAUUUAAUUGCUAAUUGCUAGUCGGUGAAAUUUGUUCGAGGGGGGAGGAACUUAGUGCUCCUCGUGGUAUUGGAGAGUAGACCCGGCUGAUCAAGAUGAGUGCGAAAUUGAGCGAUUAUCGAGACCAACUUUUCAAGGGCACUCCUCAAGAUCUCGAAGUUCGUCUUCACACCUCCACCACUCUUUACAUCGGAAAUCUCUCCUUUUUCACCCGAGAGUAUCAAAUUCACGAACUUUUUUCGAAAUGUGGGGACGUUCGACGCGUCAUCAUGGGGUUGGAUCGCUUUAAACGGACUCCAUGCGGUUUCUGCUUCGUGGAAUAUUAUACGCGAGAAGAUGCCGAAAAUUCGAUGCGUUACGUCAAUGGGACUCGGCUUGACGAUCGUGUCGUGAGGACGGAUUGGGACGCUGGGUUCGAAGAAGGUCGUCAGUUCGGAAGAGGAAAAACGGGGGGUCAAGUCAGGGACGAGUUUCGAAAGGAUUACGACCCUGGGCGAGGCGGUUAUGGGAAAAUGUUUGGAAAUUUGGAUAUUUCCGUUUAAAAUGGGUUUGCUAAGAAAAUAUAGGUUUUGUUACAAGGCUGAGCUGUCCUCACGUAUUGUUAUCCGAAUUUAUCAAUUAAUUAUUUGAUAGAAUGCACAUACUUCAAAAUUUCAAGGCUUUUUUAAUCAAAAAUUAGAAUUUGGAAUACAUUCUUCUGGUAUAAAUUCUUUUGUGAUGAUAGUAAUUAUUAUUGCAGUGUUUCCGUUAUUUACAAAUUAAUUUUUAUUCGAAUCUGUUCAUUUCGUUAGUUAUCGAAUUUCAAAAUUGAUAUCAAAUUUGAAUCGUUAGCUAUUUAUAAAAAUAUUUUACAAUAUUCAUUAAUUUUGUUACUGUCAUUACUGACUUCAAAUUUAAUUUAAUCCACGAAUCUAAUUUGGCUACUGCGUUAAUUAAAAAUUUAAGUUAUCCGUCUUAUUAAUUAAAUCAAAUUGUUCAACUGUUCAACAAAUUAAACUUAAUUCAUAUAAAUAAAUUGACAAACUGUUUAUAAAAUAUAAAAUCUGCAUAUUGUGCGUCCCUUUGAAUUGUGGCCGAAAUAUUAUAAAAAUCAAACAUUUUACACCUUAACUAAAGUACUCAAAACAUUUACUCCUAAACAUUCACAUUGCUGUUUACUUAU